AUGUCCGGCAGUCCAUUCCAACCCAUGGCCGCCCAUUUGCAGGCGUCGACGCCCCGAAGACCAUCCAUGAACCCAGGCUCGAGCUCGGCAACACCACCGCCACCGGCAACACCCUCAAGCAAUGCAGACCGGACUGAUCCAAACGGACAGCACCAACAGCCACGUCGGCGCAAGAAUCACCGAGGCGGGGCCAAGAAGAAGCGCAACCGCCGUAAGUCUUUCGCCGUCUUGCCCGAGGAGUCGCACGACGAAGCCCCCGAUCCCGCACCUGAGCGCGAGGACUUCUACCGUCAGCGCACCAAUCUGAGCAACACGAGCAUCGAGAGUGAAGCGCUUUUGGAUCAUCGAGAACAGCAACCACUCCGGCCUCGAAGACCGUCCGUCAUGAAUGUCUCUGCGCCGUUCCCGGCCUCGACGGCGACGCCUCAAACGGGCAGCAGGCUACGCAAUGCUUACGUUGGCGACAGUGGGGAGGAUGAUGACGGAUCGUGGGAUGAGGGCGCACCUUUACUGUCCAGGUCCAUUCAGCGCUCUUCGACUGCGCCGAUGUUUCCUAGUUAUGGCUCGAGCGACCCUCGCCAGCGAGCGAGCCGACGCGGGUCCAGCAGGUCCUCCAGGACGAAGCUCGCGACACCUUUCCAAAAUGACAGUUACAACGUCAACUACCCCCCGUCAAUGCCCGGGUCACCGACCUUCCGACCAUCUGAUCCGUUGAACCUGAGCUUUGGGGACGUCAUGAUCCACGAUGACGAGAUUGAUAUCCACGCCUCGCCGCGCAGCAGUCGUCGGGGCAGCGUUGGCUCUCAUUCGGAACGCGAUGGCCGUAAUGAUUCAUCCCCUGAUCUGGCACGGAGAAACACCAUCGCAUUGACUGCUCAAGAGGACGUUUGUUUCCCGAGCGGCAUCUCCGAAAUCGGCGACGAGGAAGGGCAUUCACAGGACCCCACGGCCAAGCAACGUCCGAGGCGCCGCCGUCGCCGUUGGCCAGAUCUCGCUAUUCUCGAAGAAUGGAGCCGGUUUGAAAAAGAGGGGCGCAGCGACGAGAGGCGCGUGAAGCGUAUCACCGAGCCUCAGCUCAUCAACGGUCGUCUACGGCCCAUUACCCGAGAAUGGUAUCGUGCCGAGGAAGAUGCGCCAUAUCGCUUUACUUACUUCAACGAAGAAUUCCAGAGCACCAUUCACAGCCAGACUAUAUCGGAGCUCGUGCAGCCUGGUGGCAACUUUCAGGAGCUGUUCAUUCCAGACCCACGCGUUCUUUCCGAUGACGAGAGCGAAGACAGUGAAGAGGAGGCCGGUUUGGCGCCCCUAUCCACGCACCACUCCCACACGGGGCUGAAUGGAGAUUCUCGAGCUCCAACUCGGCAGCCAUCUCUGGCAAACACUCAAACGGAGAGUGAGAGACGAGACGGCGUCAAAUCCCCAGACAAGACCUCAGGAGGCAGCUCUCGUGCUGGAUCAGUCCACCGAACGCCCACUGGAGUCCGAUCUCCGGUUGUGGGCAACCAGACCACACAGACGCCCGAGUUGCUCGUCAAGACACCCAGGUAUGGCGAAAGGCCAGUGUGGUGGCUCGAUGUGCUUUCCCCGACCGAGGCAGAGAUGAAGGUGCUAUCCAAGGCUUUCGGCAUUCACCCGCUUACCGCCGAGGACAUCAUGGUUCAGGAGGCGCGGGAGAAGGUGGAGUUGUUCCGCCACUACUACUUCGUCAACUACCGAUCUUUCGAUCAGGACCAAAACAGUGAAGACUACCUCGAGCCCGUCAACAUGUAUGUCAUCGUCUUCCGCGAGGGCGUCAUCAGCUUCCACUUCUCUAUGACACCGCAUCCCGCCAACGUGCGCCGCCGUAUCCGUCAGCUCAAGGACUACCUGAUUGUCAACUCAGACUGGAUCUCGUAUGCCAUCAUCGACGACAUCACGGACGUGUUUGUGCCAUUGAUCCAAAACAUUGAAGACGAAGUCGAUGACAUUGAUGACGAAAUCUUGAGGCUUCACUCGACGAGUGGCACCACUAAGAACGACGUGUUUGACGAGAAGGCAAGCAAUGCAGGAACAUCGGUUGGAUCCGAAGGCGACAUGCUUCGGCGAGUGGGCGACUGCCGCAAACGUGUCAUGAGUCUGUAUCGUUUGCUCGGCAACAAGGCAGAUGUCAUCAAGGGCUUUGCGAAACGGUGCAACGAGCGCUGGGAGGUUGCCCCGAGGUCAGAUAUCGGGCUGUAUCUGGGCGAUAUUCAGGAUCAUAUUGUGACCAUGACGUCCAACCUCAGUCACUACGAAAAGAUUCUUGCCCGGUCUCAUGGCAACUACCUCGCGCAGAUCAACAUCCGCAUGAACGAGCGACAGGAGCAGACGGCCGAUGUUCUCGGCAAGCUGACUGUGCUGGGCACCAUCGUGCUGCCCAUGAACAUUAUCACUGGUUUGUGGGGUAUGAACGUAUGGGUGCCCGGCCAGGAGUACGAAGGCGACUUGAAAUGGUUCUGGGCCAUCACCGCAGGCCUCUUGGCAUUCGGCAUGGGAUGCUACCUGAUUGCGAAGAGGGUUUACAAUAUUGUUUAA